AUCCAAAUAAUGGGGAAUUGCAUAGACUUGGAGAAGAAGAAGAAGAUGGUCAGGAUAAUGAGGAUGGACGGACAGAUCCUUCACUAUCAACCACCAUUAAAGGUCCAACAGGUGCUGAAUGAGUUCCCGGGACAUUCAAUCUCCGAUACACUUCCGGCCAUCGCAUACUUGGAUCCAGCUAUGUUCAUGAGGAAAGGACGACUCUACUAUCUCCUACCAUCUAAGAAUCAGAUCAUGGAGACUGGCGAUGCCGUUGGGGUUGUUAGAGUCAAGCUGGUCAUCACCAAACAACAGCUCAAGGACAUGCUAAGCAAAGGAGGAAUCACCCCGCAUGACAUGCUGUCUAACCUCCUAAGAGAGCAAAGCAGGAAACACAGUGCUACAGAGUGGAGACCUAGUUUAGAAAGCAUACCAGAAGGCAAUGAUUUCUAUUAGGAACAUAAAACAGAGAUGUGUCUAUCUAGUUAUAUGUAAGUUAGAUAGUUGCAGUAAUACAACAGACAUACACACAUCUGUAAUCAAAGGGGCUUUUUCAUUUCUCUUCUAACUCAUGAACACUUAAUGAACUACAAUGAGAAGGAAUCUGAAUUGGCGUCUACAUUCA